AGUUACGUGGCGUCACCCUGCAUGCGUGUGGGUUGAAUGAGGAAUAAAACGACGAUGAGAGCAGUGCUUCAGCUUCAGGCUUUGACAGCUCGGCUUUCACUUUCCCCCUCCAACUUCGUUCGCCGCAAAAGCUUAUGGUUCGAUGCAAAUAGGGAUAACUCCCAAGUGAGAAGGAUAUGGCCUUCCACUCCUGUUUGUAUGGGUCGCCGUUCCAUCAAAAUUGCCGGGAGAAAGGGAGCCCAAGAUGCAAAGAAAACAAAACUAUACUCAAGGAUCGGAAAGGAAGUCGUGUCUGCUGUAAAGAGAGGUGGUCCAAAUGUAACAUCCAAUUCAGUUUUGGCUGCUGUACUUGGGAAAGCCAAGGAGCUUGAUCUCCCUAAAGAUAUUGUUGACCGCAAUAUCAAGAGAGCUAAUGAGAAAGGACAAGAGGCUUAUAUCGAGAAAGCCUACAAGGUUUAUGGUUAUGGAGGAGUUAGUAUGGUAGUUGAGGUAUCAACUGAUAAGGUACAUCGUUCAGUGACAAAGAUUAGAGAAGUGAUAAGGGACUAUGGAGGAAAGAUGGCAGAUUCUGGAUCUGUGACGUUUAAGUUUAAACGUGUUCGGUUAGUAAAUAUUAAAGACACUAAUGCUGAUAAAGAUCAGCUGCUUGCCAUUGCUUUAGAUGCUGGAGCUGAGGAUGUAAUUGAACCUCCAACUUAUGAAGAUGACACUGAAGAGGAUAGGUCAGAAAGGUAUUAUAAAAUUGUAGGUUCUUCAGAGAACUUUUCAUUUAUACCAUCUAAGCUGCCUGAUAAUAGUUCUGAGCUUCUUCCAAAUACCCUGGUUGUGGUUUGUUUCUAAUUUCUAUUGGCUACUGUAUAUGCUAUUUCAUUUCUUGGAUUUUCAUUUCUCUUUUCUUCCUUCUCCUUUUGGAUUCAUAUAAUACAAAUAUUGACAAGCAAACAAUCCGAAAUGUGUAAGUUUAAUCUGUGAUGUGGCAAUAUGCAAUUUCUUAAAUGAGUUUGGGAGUUGCCUUUUCCUGAUUCACUGUUCUGUUCUUCUGCCUGUAUUGCAUUUUUAAAAUGUUCCAUUUGCAGACAAACUUUUCCUUUUUAGGGAAGCUUUCUUGGAGACUAUAAAUAUUAUUUCUAACAGUUGUUUUCCAGAUUUACAUGUUACAAAAUCUCCCCAAUUAUAUUUGGAUUUGACUCUUUUAAAGUAAGCCAAGGUAAAGUACGUAAUCUCAGUCAUCAAUGAGAAAAUCAACUGUUGAUAUUUCAACACAUGCAUGAUUUGUUAGGCAUCAGCAUGUGCACGUAACAUGACUGUUGAUUUUUUUCAUCAAUGUUUGAGAUUUGUUACUUUACCCUCAAAAGGGUAAAGUUAGAAUUAAUGUCUCAUGUGACAUGUAUGUGACUUAUGUAAGGAAUAAUAAAUAAAUAAAUAAUAAUUAAAGACUAAAUUAUAAUUGGGUUAGAUAAAAUAAGUUUCUAAAGGUAACUGCUACUUGAUGGAAGUAGUAAAAGGGGUUAAUAUCCACUAACGUGAAACAAGGUCAUCUUCCUGACAGAAAAGUGUUUUCUCUAACCUCUAGUCAUCAUGAACGUAGAAAGACAGAAAAAAUAGUCAAGGAAGCGAAAUCUUGUUUUUCUUUUCUUCCAAUGAAUCAAAGUACACCGGAGAGAAGUCUCACUAUCGAGAAAGGUACGCACUAUUUAUCUAUUAUUUGUGAGAAUUAUAUAUUUCAAGAUCCAAUUGAUUUUCUAUAAUUGUUAAUCUAGGGAACCCUUAAGUUUUACAAGUCAUAUCCAUUAUGUUUAUCCUAGGCCUUCGUUUUUAAUUUCUUAGGAAAGAGGGAAGAAAAUUAAAAAAUAUCAGUGAAGUAAAAACUAAGGAGGAGAUUUUGAAUUCUUUACAUUCAUCUCCCCUACCCCAACUUUUCUUCUCUUCGUUGUUAUUUCUUCUGUGUAAGUUUUAGAAUUUAUUACUUGUAUCCUUGAACUCUUGUUGUGAAUAGACAAAUCUCUAGGCAAUUAAAUGCAAUCUCAAACCCCCUUCAUACUUUGUAAGGAUGAGACUGUUCAUCCCAUCAGCUGUUUGAGCAUGUCUUUGUGGUAUAUUGAACUGUAUCUAUAAUUUUUCUAUAUCAGAAACCUGAGUCCGUUAUUCUUGAUUUUUCAGGUAGAUGAUGAGGCUAUGGACUUGAACAAGGAACUUAUGAGCAAACUACUUGAGCUUGAUGAUGUUGAUGCUGUUUAUACAGAUCAGAAAUAGUAAUUUUUAUAUGUUUAAAAGCUGUUCAGCAGACAACUCAAGGUUAUUCUUCGACCCUGGGAGUUCCUAUCACAUUAUGUACGGUCUAUUUGCAAAAUGAAAAUAGGCUCUAAAAAUUAUUGGGGAUGCCUCAGGUGAGAAAUUUGUAGAUCUGACACAUGUAUACCUACUAUCUAAUCUGUUUCCUUUUUUUUUUUUUUUUUUGAGGGUGGCCAGAGGAAUGCUUUCUGGGAAGGGAAUUUCAUUUUGAAAUUAUUUGAUUCAAAACCGAGGAUAUUUAAAUCAUGUAUCGUCUUAUAUGACAAACUACAAAGUCCAAUAAUAAUAAAACAGUAAAUCUUGAUUCCU